GCUGCUCCGCCCACAGCCAUAGCUUUCCUUUCCGACCUCCAAAGCGACGGCGCGUCUCCGUCCCUAUCAUGAGUCUCCGGUUAAGGUAACCAUUUGGAGGAACACUGUACCCAAGUCCUCCUUCGAGAACUUAGAAAAGUCUCGGCCACCGUCGCAACCAACCUAACCUUGUUUCCUUCUUCUCCCUAUUCUCGAUUCCGAGCUCGGCUCUUUCCUUCUGUUCUCUCAUCCUCCUCGCUCUGCUUCUCGCUUCAAAUUAGGUUGUGUAGGAACUUGUUUUCUUGGAGAGAAGAAUGUCUGGAGGGGGAACACAACAGAGCUUGAGGAAAUAUUUAGGGGCCAUCAAGGACACGACCACAGUUAGUUUGGCGAAAGUGAACAGUGAUUACAAGGAAUUAGACAUUGCGAUUGUAAAGGCGACAAACCAUGUUGAGCGUCCAGCAAAGGAAAAGCACAUUAAAGCUAUUUUUUAUGCCAUUUCAGCUGCAAGACCUCGGGCUGAUGUUGCUUACUGCAUUCAUGCUCUUGCCAGGCGUCUUGCAAAGACACACAAUUGGGCGGUUGCAUUGAAAACAUUAAUUGUUAUACAUCGUUCUUUAAGGGAAGUGGACCCCACAUUCCGUGAAGAGCUCAUCAAUUAUGGAAGAAGCAGAAGUCAUAUGCUCAACUUGGCUCAUUUUAAGGAUGACUCUAGUGCAAAUGCAUGGGAUUAUUCUACAUGGGUGCGGACCUAUGCUUUAUAUUUAGAGGAGAGGCUUGAAUGUUUUCGAGUGCUCAAGUAUGAUGUCGAAACAGAUCCCCCGAGAAUUCGCGAUCUUGAGACAGCUGAGUUGCUGGAACAAUUGCCAGCACUACAGCAACUUCUCUUUCGCCUGCUUGGUUGCCAACCACAAGGAGCGGCAACAUAUAAUAUUGUAAUUCAUCUUGCACUUUCAAUGGUUGCUGGAGAAAGUUUUAAGAUUUAUAAUGCCAUCAGUGAUGGUACAAUCAAUUUGGUUGACAAGUUUUUUGAGAUGCAGCGCCAUAAUGCUGUUAGGGCACUUGACAUAUACAGAAGAUCAGGUCAACAGGCAGAGAGACUGUCUGAAUUCUAUGAAGUAUGCAAAAGCAUCGAUAUUGGACGUGACAGAUUUAUAAAAAUUGAACAGCCCCCUGCAUCAUUUCUCACAACCAUGGAGGAAUAUGUAAGAGAUGCCCCACGAGCAUCAACAGUUCGCAAAGAUCAGGUAACAGAUGAGAAAAAUGCCACUCCAAAGGUUGUGCUGGCAAUAGAAGACAAGAAAACCCCAGAAGUGGAAGAAGCACCUUCUCCACCUCCCCCACCUCUGGAACCAGUUAAAGUUGAAGCCCCUGUGUCUGAGCAAACAGAUUUGCUGGGAUUAAAUGAUACCAGCCCAGAUACCUCUGAACUUGAAAAACAAAAUGCUUUGGCACUAGCCAUCGUUCCUGUUGAUACCGUGCCUGCAGCUGCCCCUUCUGGUAGUCUUAGUUCAGAGAAUGGAACUACUGGCUGGGAAUUGGCACUUAUCACAACGCCCAGCUCAAAUGAAAGUGCUGUGGCUUCAAGUCAAUUGGCUGGUGGGCUUGACAGGCUCACCUUAGACAGCUUAUAUGCUGACGCAGAUAGACGAGCAAACCAGAACACAAGCUACAACCCCUGGGAGACAACACCUAUGGCUGGCCCUGUUAUGCAACCAGUGGUUCAUGAUCCAUUCUAUGCCUCGAAUGCAAUUGCUGCGCCUCAUUCUGUGCAGAUGGCAGCCAUGGCCCAGCAACAGCAGGCUUUCAUGCUGCAGCAACAGAUGAUGAUGAUGGGUCAACAGCAACACCAGGUCCCUUUAAACCCACUUGGUAAUCCAUAUGCAACGGUUGGUGUUCAUUCGUAUGGCUCAAGUAAGCCUCUUCAGGCAUCAAAUAUGUACACAGGCUUUAUCUAGAUGGAAAGUAAAGAAUUGUCAUUCCAAGAUGUGAGGAAAGCUGAGUUCCUACAAUGUGGACUGGAAGGGCAACAGGUGUUUAUUGGUUGAUAAUGGUGGUUUAAUUCUUCAUGGGAGUGUAUCAUAUGCCAUGUAUGUGCAGUUAAAGCGUUGGCUUGAGAUUUGAUUAUUUGUGAACAUAGUUUCUAAUAAGUUCAUGAGAUUUGCGUGAAUUUCGUGAUGUUUAAUCUGCAAUUGCGGAGGAACUUUGUUCUUUAGGCUUGCCUCCCCUAUGUACCUAGAAUGGAGGGGAAAAAAGAAAGAGGAACUUUGAUAUGUUUACAAAUCAUUCAUUCUUGUUAGCUUCACUCUGUAUUAAAGCAUGUAAAAUAGAGAUUGUAGUCUGUACUUCUAUUUGAUGUUGAAUGGAACUUUUAGAUUUUCAUUA